GCCAAAAUCCAGGAAGUAGGAUAUGAUCACAGCCCCAGAACCACUCACAUGACUGCUGAUAUUUUUGCAGAACCUUAUUUCCCUAUUUUUCAGCUCCAUCUUGCAGUUCAUCAGGAAGCCACAUUUCUAUACAAGUUUCUGUCUGCCCCAGAUCAUGGAGGAUAACAGCAGUCAACUGGAAUUGAUCAUGUCUGAUUUGGAUGAGGAAGCUGAAAGGACCCGAGUCGAAGAGUGUGCACCUAAACAAGUCCAUCAUUCCUUCGUGAGAUCAAACCAGCGCACUCUUGGAAGCAUCUGCUUCAUGGUUACGACCGCUCUUUUCAUAUUUUUUUUUGGAUCCCUGAUUGGCUACUUUGCUUAUACAAAGAGAAAUGGAGGCACUCCAAGCUGCUUAGAGUUUACUUCCUCAGAAGAUGUGGUUCAGACAGAAACAGUCUUAGACUGGAGCAAUAUUACAUCCAUGUUCAAAAAUAAGCUGACCACAAGCAGCAUUGAAAACAGUUUUACUGAAUUCUCCAGUAUCAGUCAUCAGGCAGGAUCUCCAGGAGACGAGGAACUCGGCACUAAAGUGUGGAAAAAAUUCACUGAUUUUGGCAUGAAGGCUUGGACUGAUUCACACUUUGUGAAGAUCCAUAUCCAUCCUACGAAAGGAACCAACACAGUGAUGUUCCAUAAUAAAACAUUUUCUGAACCUGGCUAUUUGGCCUACAGUCCAACUGGAACAGCACAGGGUGCCAUUCUGUAUGCUCAUUAUGGACAAACAGGGGAUUUUAAGUCCCUGCAAAACUUAAAUAUAAGUUCAGAAGGAAAAAUUGUCCUGAUCAGAGCUGGGAAAAUAAGUUUUGCUGAAAAGGUUGCUAAUGCUGCCAGUGUGAACGCAAGUGCAGUGCUGAUCUAUCCAGAUCCUGCUGACUACAUGUUUGAUCAAGAGACUGAUCUGUUUGGUCAUGUCCAUCUCGGCUCUGGUGAUCCGUUCACUCCAGGUUUCCCAUCUUUCAACCACACCCGGUUUCCUCCAGCUAAAUCCUCAGGCCUGCCAAGCAUACCUGCCCAGACCAUCAGAGCCAGUACAGCUGCAGCCAUUAUGAGGAAGAUGGGAGGUCAUGAUCCACCUCCUGAAUGGGCUCGUGGUGGUCUGCGGAAUGUAACAUACAAGCUUGGUGGUGGUGAUGAUGUUGUCUCUGUGGAGGUCAAUAACACUCUCACUGUGACGAAGAUCUUCAACAUGUUUGGCGUCAUCAAGGGUUUCAUCGAUCCAGAUCGUUAUGUGGUGAUUGGAGCUCAGAGAGAUGCCUGGGGUACUGGAUUUGCUAAAUCUACUGUUGGCACGAGUUUGCUGCUUGAAUUAGCCAGAGUUAUUACAGAGAUGAUCAAAAAUGGAUUCAAACCCUGGAGGAGCAUCGUGUUUGCCAGCUGGACUGCUGGAGAAUAUGGAGCUGUGGGUGCCACCGAGUGGCUGGAGGGCUAUUUGUCUUCUCUGAAUAUAAAAGCCUUCUCCUACAUUAGUCUGGAUGCCGUUGUCACAGGUUCCUUUUUCAAAGCAAGUGCAAGCCCGCUGAUGUAUGACUUGAUAGAAAGCACUUUGAAAGAGGUAUCUUCCCCCAGUGACCCCAGCAAGAGUUUGUAUUCUCAAGUAGCUGGAAACAACUGGGAGGUGGCUGUGAUGGAGCCAAUGAGGAUGGAUGACCCCGCCUAUCCAUUCCAGAGCUUCUCUGGUAUUCCGUCAGUCUCAUUCCAGUUAACUGAGAAUAAACAGUACCCAUUCUUCGGCACUGUGUUGGACACCAGAAAGAAUCUGGAAGCCAAAAUGUCUACAGAAUUGCUUGUGGUGGCCAAAGCAGCAGGUGAGAUCGCAGGGCUGAUGGCUCUUCGGCUGGUGCAUGACCACCUGCUCAGACUGAACGUAGAGAAAUACAAGAACGUCAUGCGUAUCCACGUCAGCAAAAUCAACAAAGAGGUGAUGCGCCUGCAAAAGUCCAGCCACCUUACAGAGCACGUCCAAAUGCAGUGGUUGCUGUCAGCUUUGGGUUCAUACAGUCAUGCUUCGAAUCAACUCAUCACCAGCAUUGAAAACAGCGACCUCACUGACCUGCAGCAAUGUCGCAUCAUCAAUGACCAAAUCAUGGGGGUGGAGAGGAAUCUCCUGUCUCCUUACGUGUCUCCUCGGGACACUCCUUUUAGACACAUAUUGCUUGGCUCUGGAUCACACACUCUGGGAGCUCUGUUCACACACCUGGCCUCGAUACAGAACGGUACCAGCAGCGUUGAUGCUGUCUUACUGAAUAAUCGGAUUGCUGUGGCUGCCUGGACGAUCCACAGCUGUGCCAGUGCACUGGCAGGGAACGUGUGGGACACGGAAAAUGAACUUGAAAAAAUUUGAACCGGAUUGCACUGUUACACUGCAUAAGGUGUCAGAGACGUACAGUAUAAAUGAACUGAUGUUGAUCAGACCGCCUUAAAGCACUAUAUUGUGCUAUAUUUCAGCCCACUGCUAGGAAGAAUAAACCACUUGGUGUGCGUGUGUGUGUGCUGUUAUAGGAAAUCAAUCAAUCAAACUUUUACAUGUACAUUUACACCAUCAGCUUCUGUUUUUAUUUCCUCUUGAAUUAAAAACAAAGCUUGUCAUGGUACCGAUAAACAGCAAAUUGUAAAUUUCUCUGUCCUGAAGACUUUCCUGCAUUGGAAAAAUUACUAACUGUUACACAGUACUGACACUGGAGACUCCUUCCAUAAUUUUUAAAUAAAUAUUUUCACCACAUCA